AUUAAGUUGUAGUUUUGUAUUGAAUUUUGGGCGGAUCACCGCCACAACCCCACAGCUGCAGUCUGAUCCAGCGGAUGAUACGUCUCCAUUUAUCGAACUUUGGGUCUAGAUCUUCGCAUUCAGAAAGCAUCCAUCGCCAGCCCAGGCAAAAGCUUUUUCUAGCGUUGUAGAGGUCUAUGAAAUCUCCGGAUCUAGUACAAAAACCCUGACCCGCCCGAAAAUGGUGGGCCCUCCAAAGAAACACUUCCUCGCCUUCCUCCUCCUUCUCUCCCUCUGCAUCAUCCUCCUCCUCCUUUGCUCACCCCACCCAAACACCAUCUCUACCCAAACCUUUCCUCUAAAUGCCCACUCCAUCCUCAACACCCCAACCUUUUCUCUCACCAUCAAAGUCCUCACUUUUAACCGCCUCAACUCCCUCACCCGCUGCCUCACCUCUCUUUCCAAAGCCUACUACCUUCCGGACCACCCCGUCCACCUCCACAUAUUCAUCGACCAUUUCCCAAACCAAUCCAAAUCUGGCAUCGAUCCCAAACUUCAGGACUCGCUUGGAAUUCUGCAAUUUGUUGAUGGGUUUGAGUGGAAAUGGGGUCAGAAGAUCGUUCAUUACAGAACCACCAAUGUGGGUCUUCAGGCACAAUGGUUAGAAGCCUGGUGGCCAACUUCUGAUAAUGAGUUUGCCUUUGUUGUGGAAGAUGAUUUGGAGCUUUCACCGUUGUUUUUUAAGUAUUUGAGAGCUUUGAUUCUGAACUAUUAUUACAAUGCUUCCAAUUUUAGUCCUUUUGUCUAUGGGGCUUCUCUUCAGCGCCCAAGGUUUGUUCCAGGUAAACAUGGAAACAAGAUGCUACUAGAUAGCACCUCAGGACUUUUCCUGUACCAACUGGUUGGCACCUGGGGUCAGCUUCUCUUUCCAAAGCCUUGGAAAGAGUUCAGGUUGUGGUACGAUGAUCACAAAGCCAAAGGGAUCAAGCCAUUUCUUGAGGGGAUGGUUACCACAGGAUGGUACAAAAAGAUGGGAGAAAAAAUAUGGACUCCUUGGUUCAUUAAAUUUAUUCACUCUCGUGGCUAUUUUAAUAUCUACACUAAAUUUCCGGAUGAGAAAUCACUUAGUGUCUCCCACAGGGAUGUCGGUGUUAACUAUGGAAAAACAGCAGGGCCAGACUCUCAACUAUUGGAUGUAAAUUCUCUUGAUUCCAAUUCUCUGGAAAUGAAAUCUUUGAGUACUAUGAAGUGGUAUGAUUUCUGUUUCAGGGAAGUAGUUCCAGGAAGAGUUGUAAGGAACUUGAAUGAUCUUGGGUCUAUUCUUCCUUCUGUGCAGACCAGUGGAACUGUUUUGCUUGUCAGCCUAUUUGCGGCAUCAGAAGCAGUCACUAGAAACCUUCUUUGCCACUUUGAGAGGCUAAAUAUUUGGAAUUACAUUUUCAUUGGUCCUGCUACUGACUUUCUGUUUGAUCUUGCUCAAAGAGGACAUCCUGUUAUUGAUGCAGACCAAUUUCUCAACAAUAUCAGAGCAUAUAAAUCAAUGGGAAUUCAAGAUUUGAAAGCUAGGUUUAAGAAUGACAUUCUGUUGAAGGCUUAUGUUGUCAAAAAAUGUCUAGAGUUCAGUUAUAACGCUUGGGUAGUGGAUGGAAACAUGGUUCUUGUCAAUAAUGAUCUGUUUCUUAAGUCUAUUGAUUCCACAUACAACUUCUAUGCAGGGGAGAGCUUGGACCUUUUCUUUGUCAAGAACUCACCUUCAGCUCACAAAAUUUUGGCUGAUGAUUUUCUAUAUGAUGUUGCAGCUCUGCUGGAUAAAAACUCACUACCUACAGAUAGCAGAAAGUUUGUAUCUGUAAUGGCAAAGUUACUGGAAAAAAAGGGAUUUAGAGUUAAGCGUAUUGAUGAGAAAAGCUUUGGCGAGAAAAUUGGUAACCCAAAUCUCAAUCGAACCUUGGAGACUGAUAAAAGGGUGGUUUAUUGGUCUAGAGAGUCAGAUAUAGAUUCCAUUCAGAUGCGGCUUCAAGAAUUGAGUCUAUGGGUCAUAGAUAAUGACUCUUCCUGCACAGCUGUAGUUUGUCACAAGUCAUAGCAGUCACAGCAAUUUUCAAACUUCCGUCUGAUUCUAACUUUAUUGUACUUAGUGCGAGACAGGUCAUUGAAGCGCAAGGUAUGGUAAACGCUAACCAUGGCUUUUGACAGAGUGUGAGGCACUAGCAUUGAAACAGAAGAAAUUUCAUGUAUCCUCUCUUUAGUGCUGAGAUGCGCAUUGCAAGCAAUCGGGAAUCCAAGUAUGGCAGCACAUUUGACCACUUUUUGAUGUCUGUGCUAGGAAUGAUAAUGCUAAAAGAGUUCUAGGAGAUUGUUCAUAGAUAAUCUCUUGGCUAAAGGAGGCGGCGGAUCAAGUCAGAGGUGAUAGGAAUCUCACUGUAUGCAUGAAUCUCCGAAACCGAGCAAGCUGAGUUUGAGGUCAAGCAUGGAGGCCAAGGCUUUGGAAUUUUGCUGGAAUUGUGAGUUUCUCUAAAUUCAUUGAGGCAAUUUUAUUAGCAGCAAUGCUAGAGACAUUCUUAAAACUAUGUAAUCAUUUUAUUCCUUUUUUCUCUUAUGGAAGUGAAAUCAUAAUUACAGCUUCUGAUGUAAUUAUUGCUGUUCCUCAGCAGUUUGAAAUCAGAGACGGUAAUUUGAGAUAAAAGAGGUGAGUUUUAUGGAAUUGGAGAGGAUGAUCUCUUAUGAUGUAGUUCAAAAUCACAUGUGCAAAACAAAAAUGAAAAUACACUUACCUUGAGAAGGAUGCCUAAAAGAGGCAUAAAAUGGUUGACACCACGAGCAUGGCCUGCACUUACAAAGAUAGUGGAUGAGGAGAGUGAUAAAGGGAAAGGAUACUGCUCUUUACCCGAAGAUAAAUUCUUUUUCGGGACAAUUUCAAGUCUGCCUUUGUGUGUAGUCCUUGCUCACAAAAGACAACAGAAGGAAGAAAUACAGGAGGAACAAAAAGAAUUGCAUCAGACCAUGACAAAACCAAGUGAGCCAAAAUUGAAGCCAUUGAAUUUGAAUGUGGAAAAAAACACUACAAAAUAUGAAAAAAAAAAA